CUCCAAACUUGUCUGGCACGACGUAGAGUUCCGCAUGCCGGCAUGGCAAAUGUUCGACCAUGACAGGGAAACAACUAUCCGAUGACCGUCGGCUUAUUUUGUCGAGGUUGCUUCAGAUCACAAAGCUCAAUAACAACGAAAUCGCGUGGGUGCUCGGCGUAGACGAGCGAACAGUCCGCCGGCGGAGGUACGAGUUCGAGGCCACAGGUGAAAUCAAGAAACACAAAGAUGUCAGCAAGAACGCCGAGAAGCUUAAACCACAUCACGUCGAGAAGCUCGUGGUUUGGCACAGGGACCACCCCGAUGCUCUCCUCGACGACAUGCAGUUGUUUCUGCGGACGCAGUGCGGCCUCGAAGUCAGCAUCGCGACGAUCAGCCGACAACUGAGAAAGGCAUACGGGGGGACAUUUUUGCGGAGCGGGCGCUGCGCGCGGAUAAGGUCAAGGCAACAACGUGUGGCGGAAGGGCGAUCCAUUGCCCUUGAGCUUCAGCAAAGUGCAAGCGGUGACAGCAACAAUGGUCAAACACCUGCCCCUGAGCCGUAUCACGAGCGCGAUCAACGGCAGCUGGCUCCGCUGGAACAGGUACUAGAGCCGCAACAACAAGGGCCCUCCAGAUAUCGCGAGGCUAUACACAAUCAUGGCAUAGCAAAAUGCAGCCAGUCUGCGGCUCAAGCUGACCGCCAGCAAUUGCGAUAUGAACUCGAUCUCAACUCAUGGAAUCUAAGGAUUUGGGGAGUGGCGGCCUCGGGCUUUCUUACAGACUCAUAUAACCUGUUUGCCACCAAUGUCAUUCUCUCGACCAUCUCAUUCGUCUAUUUCCCUCACGCAAAAUGGUGUGGUCUGGUCAUCAACCUGGCCACGCUGCUUGGAUCAGUCAUAGGCCAGCUGCUUUUCGGCUACCUCGCGGAUAGGUAUGGGAGAACGCGCCUCUACGGCAUCGAACUCGUGCUGGUCAUCGUCUCCACCAUCGGAGUUGCCACGACCAGCGAUGGUUACGAGGACAUGUCUUUCUUGGCGCUCUUUACCUGGUGGCGUUUUGUAAUGGGAGUAGGCAUUGGCGCUGAAUAUCCAUUAUCAGCCGUGAUCACCUCAGAAUGGGCGAGCACAUCGUCGAGGGCGACCAUGCUGUCGUCCGUGUUCCUGAUGCAGCCCGUCGGGCAGGCUCUUGCCCAGCUCGUCGGUCUCUGGGUCCUGCUGGGCGAGGACCGUGCCCAUAACCUCCACGACAAGCAGUGUGGUAUUGACGCGCUACACGAGGAGGAAUGCAAGAAGAUUAUCGACGGCAUAUGGCGCCUCGUCAUCGGCUCCGGGGCGGUGCCUGCGCUGCUCGCUAUCAUCUUCCGUUUCUUUCUGUACGACUGCGGCCUCUACACGCUCGAGGUCAAAAACAAGCCAGGGAACGCCUUCAGGGACACGCAGAGAGUCUACGGCGCACCGCCGACGCCCAACGGCAUAGCUCUGUCCCCCGGCGGCGGCAGGAACCCGUUCGAGUCUGAUCCCGCGCCGCGGCAGUUCGCGUUCGAGGACCUACACAGCUACUUCAUCAAGGACAAGAACUGGUACUAUCUUCUCGGCACCGCCAUGACAUGGUUCUUCCUCGACGUAUCGUUCUAUGGCUUCAGCCUCGACAACCGAGGCACUCUUGCCGACCUCUGGGCCACGCAUGAAAGAGUCCAUGUCAGUCCUGACCUCCCGUGCUGGAAUUCCACUCUUCCCGGCGGGACACCGCUAGCUCGAACCUGGCAGACGCUGGGGAUCCCAACGUGGCAGAGCGACGUCACAGAGCCAUGCAACACCAUCUACCAGACGCUCAUCGAGCAGACCAAGCAGUACCUCGUCACCGUGUCCAUCGCCUCCAUCGCAGGAAGCGUCUGCUUCAUCUUCUUCGCAAACCGCAUUCGGCGCCGGGAAUGGCUGACCUGGUCCUUCAUUAUCCUUACUGUACUCUUCCUCGUCACGGGCGGUGUCUACUACGGAGUAUCCCACAGGCCUGGCGCGCCGGCUACCGUCGUAUGCGUUGCCAUCUGCCACUUCAUGUUCAAUUUUGGAGCCAACACCCUCACCUUCAUAAUCCCCGCCGAGAUCUUCCCCACCUGCUACCGCUCGACCUGCCACGGCAUCUCGGCCGCGGCCGGCAAGCUCGGCAGCAUCGUCGCCGUCCUGGUCGUCUACGGCAUCAACUCGGGCUACUCCAGCUCCACCCGCCAGGGCCUGAUCUUCCUGCUCUUUGCGACCUUCAUGGCGCUGGGCGCAAUCUACUCGUGGGCCUACCUUCCGGACAUUCAGAGGGUUGUCUACGAUGGUGAGGGCGGGCGGAAGAGGCUCGAGACCAAGACCCUGGAGGAACUGGGCGAAGGGUACAUAAGGGCUUGCCAGGAAGGGCAGGUCAUCGGCAUGCGGAGGAAAUGGGAGGACCUGAAGGGUAGGCUAAGGAAUAGGAAGAGGCUGAGGUCGAGAGGAGGUGAGCCAGCGCCUCCCCCUCCUCCGGCUGGGACUGCCGAGGUGGAUGGGACCAGUCUUGCAUGAGGACUGUAUAUUGUUUUUGUUCUUGGGUAUCUACGCGGGAUAAGGGCUUGGAUGGUGGGAGGUUCGUAUCUUCGGUUGGCUACUAUCUUGUUAUUGCGUUAGAGUUGGUAUAUCUAUCAAUAUUUGCAGUAGGAGGUCGAAUAUGAAUGGGCCAUUAUGGACACA